CGACAGGAAUAAAACAGCGUGCGAAUGACGCGCCAUUGCCCAUACCGUAGCGUAUAUAAAGCACCAUCACCCCGCGAAUCCUAUCCCUCUCAAUUUUCCUUACGCAAUGGGGAGAAGACCAGCGAGGUGUUACAGGCAAAUCAAGAACAAGCCAUAUCCAAAAUCGCGAUUCUGCAGGGGUGUGCCUGACCCUAAGAUCCGAAUCUAUGACGUCGGAAUGAAGAAGAAGGGAGCGGAUGAGUUUCCGUUCUGCGUGCACCUUGUUUCAUGGGAGAAGGAGAAUGUUUCCAGUGAGGCACUUGAGGCUGCUCGCAUUGCUUGCAACAAGUACAUGUCCAAAUUCGCAGGCAAAGACGCUUUCCAUUUGCGUGUUAGGGUUCAUCCUUUCCAUGUUCUCCGUAUCAACAAGAUGCUCUCCUGCGCCGGCGCCGACAGGCUCCAGACUGGCAUGAGGGGCGCCUUUGGCAAGCCGCAGGGCACUUGCGCUAGGGUCAACAUUGGCCAGGUGCUUCUCUCGGUUCGCACCAAGGAUAACCAUGGUCAUCAUGCCCAGGAGGCUCUGCGACGCGCCAAGUUCAAGUUCCCCGGCCGCCAGAAGAUCAUUGUCAGCAGGAAGUGGGGAUUUACAAAGUUCAACCGAACAGAGUAUUUGAAGUUAAAGUCUGAGAACAGAAUUGUGCCUGAUGGUGUCAAUGCCAAGCUUCUUGGGUGCCAUGGACCUUUGGCAAAUCGUAAACCUGGAAAAGCUUUCUUGCCAGCUACUGCUAGUGCUUAGGCCAUUUGAACAUGUGGCUCAUGUUCAUUUUCCCUUACCUGGUGAAUAGGUGUUCCUAUUGACCACGGUAUUUACUGUAAUUAUAAGAAUAAACUGGGGUUAAGGGUCUUCAUUUUGUUUGAUUUAUGAAAGUAUGACUGUAAUUAGAAGAAUAAAACUGUGUUCAGGGUCUUCAUUUUGUUUAAUUUAUGAAACUAUGAAUUAUUGUAUUUGCAUCCAGUUUUCUUUCAAGAUGAAUUGGAAAUGUAGUUGCGCAUGUUUAUGCUUCUUUAAGUGCACAAAUGAUUUGAUAUUU